GUGUGUGUGUGUGUGUGUUCAGGUUCGGACAGAAGCUGUGGUUUGGCCCUCGCUCAGCUCUCUCUGAGAAGUUGCUUAUGUGGCACCUCGGCUCCCCUUCAUUAUUCCCUCAUGUUUUCUUUCUUCUGUCACUUCUCUCCCAUCUUUGUCAAGUUUUUUCUAGAGUCAAUGAUGCGGCCACAAAAAAAACUUCCGGACUCUGAUUUCUAACUUCAAAUGAGACUCAGAUUCAAAACCAUGUUUUUUAAAAUUAAAUUUAAAAAAAAAGAAAAAAAACAUCACUCGAGGCAACUUCUGUUAACCAUUUCUCCACGUCUCCAUCUCCACUCCAAGACCCCCCUCCCUCCCCUCCCCUCCCUCUCCCUCUCCCUUUUCCUGUCCUUAAUUACGGUGCCCCGCGAUUGGUCCAGAGUCGCAGAAAGUCGCAGCCAAUCGGGGCGUCCCGUCGAGGCGGCUCCUCGACCCCCCUCAGGUGGUCCCUGUGUUGCGUUGUGUUUUUUUUAAUGAAUGCUUGUUGCGCGCGCUUGUGUGUGUUUUUGCGAUGACGGGCUCAGUUUAAAAACCUUGCGGGAUCCCUUGGCCAGAGCAGUCUGUCAAGAGGGGCCACAGGGAGCAGGGUGCACCAGGAAUCUCUAAAACACACACACACACACACACACACACACACACACACACGCUUAGUGUCUGAGCCCAGGUGGACCGGGUCUUUGGAGUGUCCACAUCUGGAUCUGCAGACAAGACAAGCACAGGAGAGGAGGGGGUGAAGUCAUGGCUGGACGAAGGAGAAGCGGUGUGUUCGUCGCCGCCGCCGCGCUGGCCGUGAUGCUGCUGCCCGUGUUCUUGUCUGCUGGACCAAUCGGGCAAAAGGCCAAAAGAGAUGCGGGAGAAAGUAUCCAGGAGUCGGCGGAGGCCGCGGCUUCGCACAGGAGGCUGAUCCGCAACCGCAGGAACAUCAGCUGGUACAAGCAGCACUCCGACUUCUGGAACUGGUACAAGUUCUUCACGAACAACGGCAACCAGGAGGCAGUUCACGAGAUGGACCGCAUCUACCUGGCCUACCUCCAGAACAAGAACCGCGCCGAGGGACGUCGCUCCUACAAGGCCUACCUGCGCCACCUGGGGGACAUCUACAAGUCCUGCGCCGACUCCGACGACCCCAACUGCGUGGCUUCCCAGACCAGCAGGCCCAAACCAAAGCCAGAGGCCCCAAAACCUGCACCGGUGAAAACCUGCGACCCCACCAAGGACACCUACUGCCUGUAUGCCGCCUUGAUGCAGGGCAAGAGUCCCUACCUGCCCCUGGUGCUCCCGGCCGCCACCCCUGCACCGGCGCCAGCCAAGGCCCCAGCCCCUCUGUACGUGCGCUCUGCCGCCCCAGCGAAGGAUCCUCAGUCUGGGUAUCACUACUACGCUCCAUCCUCGACGCCUUUCCUCUCCAAGGAGCAGAAGGCUGAGCUGCUGCGGAUCUGCUCCGCCGACGACGUGGAGUGUCUGCAGUACCACAUAAGAGCUGCCUAUGGGCACGCGCCCUCCGCCGGGCCCCUGCCUUCCUACGCCCACCUGGGUUGUGAUCCCAAGAAAGACCCCGCCUGCAAACCCAAGCUGGUGCAGAAAGCCCCCUCCGGUCUCUACCUGCAGUACCCCAACUGUGACCCACUCAGGGAUCCCUACUGUGCUUACGCUGCCUCCCUUGUGGCGCCCCGUGCUCCCAACCCCCCUGCCGCUGCUGGCCCCGGAUCCUGCAACCCUAUUUACGAAGAUGGCUGCAACCCUCUUACCGCCACCAGAUUUGCCACGCCCCCAGAGUCGUACAAAGCCAAGGAGACAGAUGAGGCUGCCGCCAUCCGUGCUGCCCCUCCCGCUGCCGAGCAGAGCAACGAUCCCUAUGCCAUGUUUAGGGAUGCUUAUGCUCAGGCUAACAGAGGUAGCGAUCCUUACGCUCAUGCUAACAGAGGUAGCGAUCCUUAUGCUAUGUUCCACCAGGCCAGUGCCCCAGUUUCUCCCCCAGCAAAUGACCCAUAUGCCAUUCUGCGCCGAUUCAUGUCCCACGCUCAACUUAGUGACCCACAGGCCCCACGCAUGGAGGCCGCUCCCGAGUCUAACCCCAACGAUCCUUUCUCCGCAAUUCGUGAGGCGGCGGCUGCCAUGCAUCGCCGCGGUCCCACCAACGCGAGGCAGCAGUUCCCGUUUUCCAGCCCCGAUUUUGAGGAGCCUGCCCAGGAGGAGCGCCACCCUCUGGGCCCCCCGGGCAAAACCAAGGAGGGCUAUGACUGCUUCAUCGGCUAUGACCGCGAAUGCUACCCCGUGAAGCCCACCGAGCCUCGCUCCGGAGUUCACCGCCGCAUGCCCUACCCCGCCGAGGCCUACGAGCCCCACCUGAGUGCUGACGGCACACGAAGCGGAGUCCUGGAGCCUGCCAACCCCGACUGUGACCCUGAGUACGACAGGGACUGCCGCCUGCGUCGCUACGAGCCCGAGCAGCCCCACGUCGAGGCCCAACCCGAGCAUCACGCCGAGGAGGACCACGGCCAGGCGGCGGCGGAGAGCGAGCAUCAGCCCGGGCAGCAGGAGCAGGAGCAGUACGAGGCGGAGCCGUACCAGAGCGGCCAGGAGGAGCCUCACAUGUCCUACCAGCCACUCUCACAGGGGAUGCCCAGCCUGCAGGACAUCCUCAGGCUCUACGGAGACCAGAGCCCCGAGCAGGAGGAUCACAGAGCUUACGGAGACGACUACCGCAAGAAAUAAACACGCAAAACACGCUCGUGCAUGCAGAUGGACAUGAAUACACAGUCUCGUGCGUUCUUCUAGCUUAGCCCAGGACAGCCUCACGCCGUGCACGGCCAGUCCAAACUGGUCCACAUGAAUGGGACACAUGAGAAGUCUAUGGACCCAGAGAGCAGGUACAUGCACGCACAUCCACACCUAGCAUCCAGCUGCAGCAGCACGCUCAGAAAGCUGAGUGUGUUCCGGCCACAUUUUCACCUCUUUAGCUGCUUCAGAUCUGUUGCUUCGGCCUAUUGCUUUUUCAGCCUCCACCUCCAACCUCCGCAGUCCACUCGAAUAUGUGAUGACUUGUCAACGCUCAGCUUCGCUUCUCUAUCUAUGCUUCUCCCUUUUUUUUUCUAAUUUGUUUUUUGGUCAGUGAUUGAUUAUGUAAAUUUUUUUUUUUCCAUUUUGAAUGUUCUAAUAAAAAGCUCCAGAAAGCCAA